AUGUGUAUCAGGCAGAGAACGGAGCUUUUUCUUGUGGUGUGUUUUUGUUCCAUCCAGGAGAGAACUCUGAGAAAAGAGCUUGAGGAAGAGAUGGCAGAAGCAUCAACAGAGUCAAAUGAGGACGUGUCAGAGGAGACAGAGGACCUGGAACCUCUGGAACCAGACGACAGUGGUACCUUCCAACAAGUCACAAACCUCCUCAACAUCAUGGACAGCGAGUCAACCAAAACGGACGCUGCUGGGGCAGGUCCUGACCUGCGGAAGACGCUGGCCUCAGUGAUCAUCAGGGAGAAGGCCACCACUGAGCCCUCUGUGGUGAUGGACGCUCUCAUCCGCUGCCUGCAGGUACCGGAGAUUUCCACUCAGCGCAAAGUCAACAUUUACAGCAUCCUCCAGGAGAUCAUCCAGCAGGAGGGGGAGCUGGGGGAGCACUGCGUCCAGAAGCUGGUCACCAUCGCCUCCAAGGAGAUGAGGGAGAUGCUGCAGGUGGAGGGCUACGUGAGGGCAGAGGUGGCCAGCGACACCCUGGUGGCCCUGUCCCUAAACCACUUCAGCUUGGUCAUGUAUGAGCUGCAGCACCGCCUCAGACCCCUCAACCUCACCGAAGAAUUUGUCAUCAUCACCCUGGCGAAGCUGGCCAAUGGCAAUGUGUCUGAGUUCAUGCCAUACAUGGGCAUCACCCUGGCUACCAUAUUCACCAUGCUGAGGCUCGCCAAUGAAGCCAAGAUGCGCCAGGUGAUCUGCAGGGCCAUGGAGACCUUCUGCGAGACUGUGCAGUUUUACCUGAGGCACCUGGAGGACAGUGUGUACCCCGUGAUGACCGAGGAGCAGUUUGCUGUGAAGCUGUUCCCCAUGUACCGCUAUUUUGUGACCGUGUGGCUGAGGGAUAACAACCCCGAGGUGAAGCUGGGGCUCAUCAAGUCCCUGAAGCCUAUGCUGAACCUCCUCCGGCCCAAUGACGGCCUGCGGGAGCAGGUGUACGACUACAUCCCCCUGCUGCUGGCAGAGUACCAGGGCCGCCUGGAGGCACUCUUCAUCACACAGAUGAGGGGCCGAGUCUUGAGGCAGAUCCUGGAAAUGUCAGUGACCGCUAACACCCCUGUCCCCCAGAUGCAGCUGCACACCAUCUUCACGGAACUGCACGUCCAGGUGAGGCUGGCAGGCUGUGCUAGGCCCCCCGCCCAGCAGCAGUACAGCAGCCGGAACCUGACGGAAGUCGUGCACUGCUUCAUAGCCCUUGCCCGCUCCUACCCCAAGGAGCUGAUGAAGUUCUUCCUCAGCCAGAUGGAGAAGAGCAAGGAGGCCAUCCGCGUGGGGACCCUGACCCUGAUUAGGGCAGUGGUGAGCGCACAUGAGCCCAGAAUGAAUAUCAGGACCAUCCACCUGGCCAUCUGGGUGGUCAAGGACACACUCUCCGACACCCGGCCCAAGGUGAGGAUGGCUCUUCUCCGCAUCAUUGGUCAGUUGGCCCUGUCCGGCUUCCAGGACAGGAUCAAAGGCUGGGGCCUGAAGUACGUGUCUGUGCAGCUGACCUUGUCCACCUACAAGCUGGCACAUCGCCGGGAGAGCUUUUAUCAGAGGAACUUGGAGGAGAAGAUGGUCCACAAGGUCACCAUGGACACCGUGAGGAUCAUAACCUCUUCUGUCAGUGGGAUGAGCAACGAGUUUUGGGUGAGGCUCCUGUGCUACAUCAUGGAGACGGAUCACACCGAGGCCUUGACCCCCACCUGCCUCAGUCUCACGAGCCUGGCAGAACGCCAGCUCCACGCCGAGGACAGGGAAGCCAACGCGACCAGCAAGAGCAGGCACGUGGAUCUGCCUGCACUGCAGAAACUGCUGGCCCGUCUCCUGGUGCUGAUGUCGUCCCCCUACAAGGGGGAGGGACGUGGGAUCGCCAUGCUCAACCUUCUGAGGACCCUGAGCCAGAGCAUCGCCCCCGCCAUGGCCGACACGUGGGAGCUGGAGAUCCCCCUGCUGGUCAAGUACCUGGAAGAACACACUGAGUUUACAUGGAACCAGGAGACAUGGGAGGACAAGCUGAUUCAGUUUCUGAGAAACUCCCUCAAGAAGACUUGGGGUUCCAACUGGAGCCUGCAUCUGAGCAAAGAGCUAAACAACCAGACGGAGAGCUUCGACAGCCCCUCCCUAGAGAAGGGCUUUCUGUACCGGGCCUUGGGCUUCACCUUGGCCACGGGCCUGGAGGCUGACAAGGUGGAGGUGCUACUGCUGGAGCUGCUGUACAAGACAGACUACAGCAACGACUUCGACCGGGAGGGUGUGAUUCUGUGCUUUGGCCUGUGUGCCCGGGGCCAGGUGAAGGCGGUGCUGAACGUGCUCCACGACUUUGAGGAGAGGAUCCAGGAGUUGGAGCAGUCCUGGCAGAUCGGCGCUUGGCGGAAGGACCAUCCCUGGAGGCGGGAGACAGUGAAGGGUGCCCUCAUGGUGAUGUACAGCUGUGUUGCCUCCUACUGCCACCCGCAGAUGCUCCUCACCCACGUGGACAACCCCAUCACUGCUAAGAUCAUUCACCACUACUCCAGCAGCUGCCAGGACAUCUGCCUCAAAAUGGCCUUCAUGAAGAGUGUGGUGCAGGUCACCGACGCCGUCAAGAACAUCAAGGACCUGGAAGACUUCCAAUUUGCCCCAAAGGCGACCCUUACUGGUAUUAUCAUGGUGAUCAUCAAGGCAGAACCAACUGACAGCCUGGUUUCUCCAGUGCGGACCAUGGCUAUGGAUGCCCUCUCGUACUUGAGCAAACUGAAGCCUUUCUACUCCACAGAGGAAAACAGUGACCUGAUGGAUAUUAGUAUACAUUCUGUCAUUUCUCUCCAACCCCCAGGAGAGAACAAUGAGUCCAUUAAGACCCUGUAUGUGAACGCCCUGCGUGCCCUGGAGCAGCUGAUGGAGGGCCUCGUGCAGAGGCAGCUGGACCCCAAGGGACUGCAGGAGAUGAUGCACCUCCUGGAAAAGUGGAUCUUGUCGGAGAAAGAAUGGGAGCGGGAGAGGGCGAUCAACCUCCACCUCCAUCUCAUGCAGAUCUACGUCCAAAGCGUCGGUGUCUGCAUCCCUCUGCAGCUGGGGCAGUUUGGCACUCUGGUCGGACUCAUCGCCCCAUGCACCUGUGACUCGCACAGAAGAACCCGCCUGGCCUCCAUGGAUGUCCUUUCCAGCCUCCUGGAUCUUCAUGCAAGCCAGACCUGCUCCUCCUGGGGCGCUUCUAAGGAGUUGGAGCUUGAGAAAGGUAAGGGGGACCUGCAGGGCUCGGACAUGGAGAAGAUUUUCAGUGCGUCCUCCAGAAUCGCCAAGGUGGCGUGCUUGCAGUUUAGCUGCGAUGAGGUGGUCUCGCUCGUCCAGAAGCUCUGUGAGAACAUCGGGGCCAUGAACCUCCAGCAUGACAAGGCCUCCGUCACCUGGAUAGGCACCUUCCUCCAGAUGCGGGUCACGGAGCUGGAGGACAAGGUGGCGGAGAUCCUGGGCGCCAUCCUGGUGCACCUGCCGGUAGUGGAUCACCCGGAGGUGCGGCGCCGCCUCAUCGAGGGCGUCCUUCUGCUGGCGCACUACCACCAGGAGACCGUCCUCACGUCACUCCUGCGGCAGCCCCUGCCCAUGGAGAGCCAUUUAUCGGAGGUGUGGCUGACUGUGGCUGAGAACUUGCCCUUUGCCCGGAUGAUGCUACAUGCACUGAUGGGUCGGCUGCAGUCGAGGUUCACGCCCAGGGCCGACGCCACCUCCAAGGCUGACAUCUGGCGCCUGGCCGCAGUGGACCCUCUGAUGACCCUGUGCACCAUCCAUCUUCUUAUUGAGAAGAUGGACCAGGAUGACAAGCUCCUGGACCUCUUCCCGGACCUUGUCUACACCCUCCUGCUGCAGCUCAGCAGCAGCCAGGGGCCGGAGGCCAUGUCGCCCGUCCUGAAGACAUGGAGGCUCGUCCACACGGGGACCCUCCCUGAGGAGAUCAACGUGCAAAGGAUCACAAUCAAAUCCAUGCAGCUUUUCCGGAAACUCAACAGCGAGCCGCUGCUUUGCACCCUGGAAGAGCAGGGCGUGUGGACACUCCUGGAGAGCAGCUCCACAUUCCUGCAGGGAGUGAGCCUGCUGGCCAGGCUGUGCGUGCAGAACGCGGAGGGCUACCGGCAGAGGCUGUCGGAGCUGGUGCUCAGGGGCAUGGCCUCGGAGGCCCUGAGCUAUCGCAUCAGCAGCACGGCGGUCUGCGUGGAAUUCAUGAGUGUCCUGAUCCUGUACCAGGAGAAGCUGCUGAAGCCGGCAGUGCUGAUGCUGGAGAAGGGCGUGGACCGGGAGGACGAGGCCCUGCGGGUGCUUUCCCUGCGCGCCCUCGGCAACAUGGCCCUCGGUGCCCCCAAGAAGGUGAGGCAGUACUGGAAGCUUUUACUGGAGAAGUGCCUGUGCUCCCUGAGGGGGCCUGUGAGCACCAGCGUGACCGCCGAGGGCCUGGAGGCCCUGGCCAAGGUCCUGGCUGAGCUGCGGGAAGGGGACGUGGGGUCCGACUUCCGUGCCAUCUCCGAGCGGUGCAGAGCCUUCUUUGACCACGAGAGCGAGCUACUGUGUUUAAAAGCCUUCCUCCUCUUUGGGAAGCUGGCAAAGGUGGUCAGGAUUUCCAAGAAGCAUUUCUUCAAAGAGGAAGUGAAGAAAGCCUGGGUUCCCCUCAUGCUGCACUGCCAGGACCCCUGCUCCGAUGCAGCCCAGGCCUGUGUGGCUACCAUGUUUCAGUGUGUGCACUUCUGGGGCUGGAAGGCCCUGGAGAGCUCCUCGGACCAAAGUGAUGCCAUUGCCCCCAAGGACAUGACCAGUUUCCAGAUAACCCUGUGCUCUGUCUUGACUCAGAAAAAGCCUGCCGUUCUCUACAGUUUCUUGCUAGAAACAAUGACCUAUGUUAAAAGUAACUUGUCAAGGAUCAGAAUCGCUGCAUGUAACCUGGCAGGAAUCAUUAUGAAGCAGAUGUCUGCACAUUACCUGAAAAAGCUGGACUUUCCUACAUUACGGAACUCUCUCCAGGAGCUACAGCUGGACUCGGAUCCUGGGGUCCGGAGGGCAUCCCUGGAGACUCUCAAAAUCUUGGAUACCUGUAGUUGUCACUGGCUUUUGGCUUCACCCUAA